GAAGAAGGAAACUGUCUUAAAUGACACUGUAGUCGCUAUUGUUACAUUUUUGCGCUGAGUCUGUUACAACUCUUUAAGUUUAGCCUGCUGUUUAUGAUUUGUUAAGUAAAGAACACUAUAAUUGUGAAUGCGAUGCAUUGCAUGAAAUUAUUAGCAAGCUGAAAGUCCAGUCAGUGCCAGGCUGAGCCCUGUUAAAUAAGGGAUUGUGCUAAUAACAUUAUGAGAGAGCACACACUACAGUCCCUGUCAACAGUGACAAGAUGAGUCUUCCCCUCUCACGCUCUGAAGUGUUUGGGGAGCUGAGGAAAGAGCUACACGAGGAUGCAGAAUUUCACCAGUCUGAUGUCCACAUCUUUAUCAUCAUGGGGGCUUCGGGAGAUCUGGCAAAAAAGAAAAUCUACCCAACUUUGUGGUGGUUGUUCAGAGACGGUCUUCUCCCUGAACAGACAUAUUUUGUGGGUUUUGCGCGCUCUGAUCUGACGGUGGAUGCCAUACGUGCAGCCUGCCUGCCCUACAUGAAGGUGGCAGACUCUGAGGCAGAGCGGCUCACUGCGUUCUUCAGCAGAAACUCUUACAUCAGCGGGAAGUAUGUGGAUGAAUCCUCUUUCUCUAACCUGAACACUCACCUGCUGUCUCUGCCUGGAGGAGCUGGGGCCAACCGGCUCUUCUACCUGGCCCUGCCGCCCAGCGUCUACCACGACGUCACCAAGAACAUCAAGCAUCAGUGCAUGAGCACCAAAGGCUGGAACAGGAUAAUCGUGGAGAAGCCUUUCGGUCGUGACCUGCAGAGCUCGGAGGAGUUAACCAGUCAUCUCUCUUCUCUCUUCACUGAGGACCAGAUUUACCGGAUAGACCAUUACCUUGGCAAAGAGAUGGUCCAGAACCUCAUGGUUCUCAGGUUUGGAAAUCGGAUAUUUGGUCCCAUAUGGAACCGGGACAGUGUGGCUUGUGUGGUUCUGACCUUCAAAGAGCCGUUUGGUACCAUGGGCCGGGGAGGAUAUUUUGACGAUUUUGGUAUCAUUCGUGAUGUGAUGCAGAACCACCUGCUGCAGAUGCUCAGUCUGGUUGCCAUGGAGAAGCCUGCAUCCACCAGCUCUGAUGAUGUUAGAGAUGAGAAGGUGAAGGUGCUGAAGUGCAUUGAGCUGGUCUCUCUCUCAGAUGUGGUCUUGGGUCAGUAUGUGGGAGAUCCCGAUGGAGAAGGAGAGGCUAAACUGGGUUAUCUAGAUGACAAAACUGUCCCCGAAGGCUCCACUCAGGCUACAUUUGCCACAGCAGUACUUUAUGUAAAGAACGAACGCUGGGAUGGAGUUCCCUUCAUCCUCAGGUGUGGAAAGGCUCUGAAUGAGAGGAAGGCAGAGGUGAGGCUGCAGUUCACAGAUGUCCCUGGAGACAUCUUUAGCUCUCACUGCAGGAGGAACGAGUUAGUGGUGCGUGUGCAGCCCAACGAGGCCAUCUACGCCAAGAUGAUGAGUAAGAAACCCGGAGUCUACUUCAGCCCUGAGGAGACCGAGCUGGACCUGACCUACCACAGCAGAUACAAGGACGUUAAGCUGCCCGAUGCCUACGAACGUCUGAUUCUGGACGUCUUCUGCGGCAGCCAAAUGCAUUUUGUACGAAGUGAUGAGUUGAGGGAAGCCUGGAGAAUCUUCACUCCUCUUCUUCAUCAGAUCGAGAAGGAGAAGACGCCACCCAUCAAAUACAAAUACGGAAGCCGUGGUCCCGCAGAGGCUGAUGAACUGGUAAAGAAGGUGGGCUUUCGCUACGAGGGUACAUACAAAUGGGUGAACCCACACAAACCGUGAAAGAAGACGAGGACCGAAACGAGGAGCUGAAACCUGACUAAUAAACCAGCCCAAAAUGAGUGCCUGAAGUAAAAGAGAGAAAGUGGCACUUAUUUGAAGAUGCACUCUGUUUGCACUUCAUUUAAAGAAGUUACCAGCAAGAUUAGCAAACACUUGUUCUUUUCUUUUUAAUCAUUAAUCAUAACCAGCUCAUUGUGAUAUAUAAUGCUUUAUAGAACAUUUCUCAUAUUAUUUCAUUCUAUAUUUCACUGGACUUACUUACAACAAACUUUUCCAUUUUAGUUAUGCACUUAAGCAUCAUUUUGAUAUUCCCUGUGCUGUCAUUCCCUUUCUUCUUUAUUCUUAAAGAAAAACAAAGCUUCUGUAAUGCAUCCCUCUUUCUACAUGCAAAAGUCUUCUCAUUUAAUGCUGCUCACAUCUCAGAAGUGUUUUACAGGAAGAAAGCUGGUAUAAAAGUUCAGUCUGCUCCUGCAGUGAUAGUUGUGUUCAUACAUUUUGUUGCAUUUUUUUUUUUUUGUAUCAAGCUUAUUAAAAUCAAAAGUGGACCACACAAAAGAAAGAUUCCAGAAACAUUCAGGGAUUAGGAAUGUUAGGAAUUAUGUACAUGAAGGACAUUUCACCUUAUCUUAAGGUUCCCACAGAUUGGCUAAAUGAGUCACAAAUAUAUUUAGUCUUAUUAAAACAGAUGUAUUACAUUCCACAUCUCUCUGUAAAUAAUUUACUGGAUGAGAUUUAAUGUUUAUUGUUACAGUUCACUAAUGUGAACCUAAUUUGGGCAUGGUCUCUUUCUGCUUACUAUUUUUCGGUUUCAGCACUAGAUGGACGUUUAACAGUGUUGUUGACGACACUGAAUUUCAACAUCCUGUCAGGGUGCCUAAAACAACAGAGUUAUUUCAGCAGAUUUCGGGAUUUACUGCUUGUUUGGCUUUUGCCAUGCAUUUUUAAUUUCUGGUUUCUGAUCUUUUUUUUUAUGCUUCAACAUCUGUGAACUAUUUUUCGCUUUUUUGUAAUAGACAAAAUUUUCCCUUUUAUUGUAAUAGACAAAUACUUUUACAAUAAAGCAUAGGUAAGAUGCCU